AUGAAUUAUGAAAAUUAAGGUCGAAGCUCAAAAAUAUAACAAAGGAUUUAAGUUCCUAACAUAUAGCUUAAUGAAUAGGAUUAGCAUGUUUUUGAUACUGAUGGAAUGAUCUCGUCUCAGGGAGAUUGGAGUUCUCCUAUAAAAAUUAACCAAGAUACACCAAAUUAGUUCAUGUAGGAAACAUAAUAGAAUUUGAUUACUUCAAAUGAUGAUAAUUUAGAUGCUAUUUCAAAAAAAAGUAGUAGCAAAAACAACAACAACAAUAUCGAUAGUGAUAUGGAUUACUUAAAAAAAGUAAAUUUAAAUCUGUAAAAAAGCAAAUCAUAAAUAGAAAAAUAGGGCACAAAGGAAGAAGAUUCAGGAAAAAAUCAUAAAAUUAGCAAGCAUAGUUAAAGUAAUGCUUCAAUAGCACCAAGUUUUGUAUUAGAUUAGUAAUAGGAAGAUUAAUAGGCUGAUUAAACUUAGAAGCAUUUAAUUCAAACUAACUAAAAUUUUAAUGAGCAAUCAAAAACACAAAAGAAUGUAUUCGAUGAUGAAAAUCCUCAAAGAAGAUUAAGAGAAUAUAGAAGAACUUAAUACAGAAAUGUUUCUCUAAAACUUCUUGAAAACGGAACAAACGCAUAAGCUUAAGAAGCAAAUUGGAAUACUCAAACUAAUUUAGAUAUAGAAGGAUUUUCACCAACAUUAACAUUAAAUAACAUUAACAAAUCAAAGAAAAGUUUUUUGGCUUUAAAUGUAAACGAAUGUUCCACUCCACAGAACAAUCCAAACAAAAUAAAAGUUUAUCCUCUUUUAUCUAGUGGGGUAAGCACUGACAACUUGAGGAAGAGUUAAAUAAUAAAUAGAGUUUCCUAACACAGCAUUAAUUUAGAUAAAAAUGGAACUUUUAAUCAAUAUUUAGAUUUUAAUAAGGACAGACCUUUAAGCAAAGGGGAUUAACUUCUCGGAUUUAGCGCUUUUGAGGGUUAAAAUUAAUCUCAAUAACCUUCUCUAAUAAAUGGAAUGAAUAUUUAAGCUUAUUAUUCAUUUUAAGGGCGUACAGGAGAAAACGAUUCAUAAGCUCAUUACAAUUAAAAUGCUUCUAAUUAAGUUAUGCUUUCACAAAAUUAGCAAUAUUAAUCUAUUGCACACAGUUAAUUCUAUGCAGCUCCUUUAUAAACUAAUAACAACAACAUAAACAAUAUAAGAAAUCCAAGUGAGUCUAAUAUAAAUUGGAACAUAGCUAUUAAGAUAAAGAAUAUUAGUAGAUUUAUUUCUAAAGUAAGAAGCCAAACAAGUGAUUUCAAUAAGAAAAACUUAAAGGAUUUUCACCAUAAGCUGAUUAAUGAUGCUUCAGAUAGUAAAAUAUAUGCUCAGAGUGGUAGUAAUAAUACAUUACCCUCAUUGAAUACUAGUCAAAAAAUAUAACUCCAAUAAUCUAAUACUCUAGUGAGAGAAGACUCUUAAGAAUAAAAUUGUUUAGAGAAAGUUUUCUACAAAAUGAUGAAUAUUUUAUUUAAAAGAUGUUUAUAUUACCUAGAUAAUAUAAUAACAAGUGAAAAAUCAUAUGUUUUCUCCCCUGAACAGACAAUGAUCGUCUUUUGGAAUAUUUUGUUUGGUUUACUAUUGUUAUUUUAGUUUUUUUAUAUACCAUUCUCAGUAGGUUUUGAUGUGGAUAUAGUUGAUUAAACUAAAUACAGAUUGCUAUUCUACAUUAUUCCCAUAAUAGCAUGCUUUAUAGACUCUUUGAUCAAUCUAAAUCUAGGAUAUUACCUGCAAGGUUUAGUAGAAAUAGAUAGAUUAAAAAUCAUCAAAAGGUAUAUAAAAUAAUUUCUGAUAAGAGAUAUUAUAAGCUUAUUUUCUUUGAUAAUGACUUUAUAGACAAAUGUAAGUUAUUAUUCUUUGCUGUUUUUUGUUCGAAUUCCUCAACUUUUCAAAAUACUUGAAGAACAUGCUGAAUAUUUUUAGUUAGAACAAAAAUAUUAUAACUAUUACUAAUUGGGAAAUUUACUUUUUAUGAUAUUUUACAUUUCUCACAUAUGUGGUUGUAUAUUUCAUUAUAUCUCCUAUGAAAUUGGUGUUCAAUCUUAGAAUGAUUUAAAGGAUACAUGGCUGAAUGAUGCAGGAGUUUUUUACAGUUCAAUAUUCAAAAGAUAUGUUUAUUCGUUUUACUUUAUAGUUAUUACAAUCACUACAGUUGGCUACGGUGAUAUAAAACCAAUAUCUGUAUAUGAAAAAAUAUACGUCACUAUCAUAACUAUACUAGGUUCUUGUAUAUUUGCAUAUACAGUUAACACUGUUGGAACAAUAUUCUAGGAAAUUGAACGCAAAAAAGCUUAAUCAAAAUAAAGAAAAUAUGAAUUAACUAGCUACUUAAACUAGAGGUAGGUAAAAAAGGAUAUUCAAAUCAGAGUAUUAAAACAUUUAGAGUUUAAUUAGUAAAGAGAAGAUGAUGACCCAAUUAGAGGAAUGAAUAUACUUGAAAGUGUAUCUAAAAACUUAAAAGAAGAGGUUUGUAAGGAUUUUUAUGGAAGAAUAUUAUAAUAGAGCAAAAUAUUUAACUUAUAAUUCUCAUAGCAAGCACUUUUAGAUGCUUCUUUGUAAUUUAAAGAAAAAAUUUUGAGCCCAGGUGAAAUAGUUUUUAAAGAAGGCUAAGCUAAUGAUCAUGACAUCUUUUAUAUCUAUAAGGGUAGCAUAGAUCUUUUCGUUUAAAAAUCAAGAAAGUAGUAGAGAACUAUUUUUACAGCCAAAAGUGGCAUGUUUUUUGGACAAGGAGGUUUUUUUAGUUCUGCUCCCAGAGAAUGCUCUGCCAAGACUAUUACAGUGUGUCAUUUACUUGUUUUAAGCUAGAGUGAUUUCAUAAAGACUCUCAAGAAUCACACCGAAGAUUAUGAAAAAUUUUGUGUCAUAAAAGAUGAAAUGAAUAUUUAUAAAAUUUAAUAGCACAUGACAUGCUUUAGCUGUGGAUAGUUUAACCAUACUUUACUGAACUGCCACUUAAUCCAUUAUAAAAGAAACAGAGAUCUAUUUCUAGCACGCUACAGAUAUAGUAUCCCAUAGGAAAGAAAAAAAGAAAUAAUACGUAAAAAUUAUGGAAAAUCUUCAUCUUGGAAAUAAAGGUAGGUUGUGAGGUAGUCACUUUUUUAGCUCAGACUUGACGCACUCAAUUUAAUACUAUAGAACCCAUAAGAAAUAACAGACAAACAAUUUUUUAAUGGAGUAAAUAAGAUCAAAUAUGAAAAUGGAUUUUUCUUCGCUGAUUAUGAAGAAGAUGAAGAAUUGGAAAAAUUAAAAAAGGAAGGGUAAGAAGAUGAAGACAAAUCUAGUGAAUCUUCUUCAAGUGAUGAAGAAAAUUUAUAGAAUAAAUUAAGCAAUUUAAGUGCAGCUAGUAAUAUUAGUAAUGCUAGUUAGUUAACUUACAAUCAAGAUGAUAGCUAUAGAUUUGGUAAUAAUGUACCACAUUUUUUUAUUCAAAACGAAAGCGCUGAUAUAAAGGCUGAGGAAACUUUAUUAAACUCGAUCAAAGAAGUGAACGAAUUAGAUGAAGAAAAUCACGAAAAUAAAUAUCAAUCAUAAAAAAGAAAAACAUCUUAAAAUCUUUAUAAGUAUUCUAUUUAAUCUUAAAAUAGUAGAAGACCUCAUGCUUAAUCAAUUGAUGAUGAUAACCAUUUAUAUCAUUUUCAUAAAUAAUAAACUCAUAAAGAAAGUAGUACUUCAUCUGCAAGAAAAAUUUAAUCUUAGAGAUCGUUGUAAUUAGUAACAUAUUCUAAAAGAUCUGAGCUAUUAGAAAUUGCAAAUCAAAAUUCCUUAAAAACAUCUCAUGAUUCAAACAAUAAAAAAGAUAAGUCUAACAGCAGUUUAGUUUAGCCUGUUUUUAUUUCUAAAGAUUCUCCUUAGACAAGCCAACGUUAAAAUAGUGACUAAAAAAUAAAAUUAUAAGGAAAAAAUAAGAAUUAAGCUGAUAAAAAAGGUAUUUCAGAUUUUUUAUUCAACGACUAAAAUGUUUACUCAUCAGAUUCAUCUUCUCUUUCUGAACUAUCGGCUGAUGAAUUGCAUAAUAAAAUUAAACAGAACAAUUAAAAUAUAAGUAAAAGUCAUUAAUUCUAGAUGAAUGAAUAAAAAAAAUAGUCUAACAAUCAUUAAUUCACCUCAUAAUUUGCAUAGAUAAGACUUAAAAAAAAAAAAAAUAGUGAAGACUCAAUAGACACACCUAGUUUGUAAGAACUUGAUUAAGAGCUUGUUAUAUAAGGGAAAAAAACAUAACCGACAAUUUAUAAGCAUAAAGAUUAGAUAAAGCUAGCUUAAAAAGUGAGUACAGAUGAAAAAGCUACUUAACCAUAGCAAUUAAUUAAAUAACAUACAAAAAAUAAAAUAAUUCUAAACUCAAAUGAAAAUAAGAAAUUUGUUUUUGAAAAUAUAGUUAUAUCAAAAAGAGGUUCACAGCUAUCCUAAUAUAAUGGAUAGAAACCACUAAAUGAUGCUUAAAGCUAAGAAUUAAAAUAAAACGAGAGAAUUAAUUUAGCUGAUGAUUCAGACGAAAGUAUUUUACAAGUCUAAAGCAGCUAAAGGUAAAACAAAUCAAAUAAGUAGAUCAUAAUUUCAUCUUAAAGCUUAAAUGAUGGAGAAAGAAACGAAGUAAUUCAAUCGUAAAGCAAAGAAAGAUAGGAUUCUUUAGAAAAGAAAAAUGAAGAGAACGAAAUCCACCCAAGAGGUAGACAUAAACACUAAUUUUUAUUUAAAAGAAGAAGUUAAUCUGCAACUAAGACAAAUAUUUAAGAAUUCAAUUUGAAUAAAACGUAAAGAAGGUCGCUAAUUUUUGAUGACGAAAAAUCUGUUUAAGAAACAUAAAAUAUUGAAUAACAAAAUUUAAUUCAAAAAAAUCAAUUUAAAAUAUCUGUAAAACACCAAAAUGGAUAAACAAUAUAAAAAUCCAAAAAGGGGAAUAUCCAUUUAGAGAGUUUAGAAUAGAAAAACAAUUAAGAAAAUUAAAAAAGAAAAAUCAGUAACUUGUCUAAUGGUAGAGGCUAGAAUUUAAUAUCUUAGCAAGAAAAGAACUUGGCAAAAAAGAUAAAUAUGCCUUUAUUGAAUCCAAAUGAGUAGUUUACUAUAAAGUAGAAAAAGAGAAUUAAUGUUGAUCCUUUGUCACUUUUAAAUCAAUACCAACAAUUUUCCAAAUAAGAAAAUGAAAAAUUAAUAGAAUAAAUAAAAGCAAUUUUAAGCAAAAAUAAUAACUUUUAGAGCUAGAAUGCAACACCUGUUGCAAAAUAAAUAAAAAAAUUAAAUUCAAUUGAUUAAAAUAAUGUUUAAAAGUAAAAUUUAGAGAGCAAAUCAUCCAAUAAUCUGAACAAAUUGUAAAGUAUAGAAGAAUACCCAUAACCCAUUUCUGAGGUUGAACUAAAUGAUAAGAUGAUUUAUAAAAUUAAAACUAACUUAAAUUACAGUAGUGAUUUAUUCUAAUAUGAUUUUGACUCAAUGAAAAUUUUUAAAUACUAUUUUCCACAUAAUAAUUACUCUAAUGUUGUUUCUCGCCUCAAACCAAAAAAAUUAAAAAACGCAAAUAGAAACACAAUUAAACGCAGAACAGUCAUAAAUUCUUAAAAUUUCAAUAACCAAUAAAAUAUUUGA